GAAGGACUGCAGGCUCAGUGACCUGCCUGCCUCGUAACUCCGUUGGUGUAGGUGCGAGCGGGGUGCCCUGGAUGGCACGGUUCAGGCUGGGAAAGGUCAGUGCCAGCACAGAAGGAUCAUUCCAGCAAGCAAUGGGACGUUUCCUCUGGGUUUAAGUGGCCUCCACGUGCUUCUGGGAGAAGCCCUGGCACUGCGAGGCUCCUGAAGCCUGUGACUUUUGGGGGAGGCACAGGGAUUUGCUGGCAGUAUUGGGCAAGGCGGCUGGGGUAGAUGGAGCAUCCCAAGUUAGGCCAGACAAUAACACGGUGGCACGGCUGUGGUCACCACUGCGGGGAGGGUAACAGGAGUACAAUCGACACAGCGAGGCCAGGCUAAGCAGCUGCUCUCGCCGCAGCUGGAAAGGGAGAUAUGACUGGGGGGGGGCGGAGACGUGGCUGAAAACAGUGAGCUUCCGAGUUCCCUCGCAUGUGGUUUGCUUGCUAGACAGCACGGGGUGUCCCUCUGGUGGGUCCCUCCCCCGCCCCUUCACCGGGUGGACCCCAUGCGCUCCAGGCUCCGAACAGCUCGCCGGUGACAGCACAGCCGCCUGGAACAGCCUCUGCCUCUGAGGUCGCCCGCGGCUGCGGAGAAGUGGGAUUCCUGCAGGGGACUGGAGGAAGCGGGUAGGACGGCCCCGGCUCCUGCAGCCAGAGCACAUCCACUCACAGCCUCGGCGAGCUGCCCUGUCCGGAGAUCCCUGCAACCAUCUCGGGGGCUGGUGAUGGGCUUGGAAGAUGGAGACCAUCCAGGACAGUGAUGCCUUACUGAGUCUGGGCUCCGUGAUCGACGUCGCCUGCCUCCGGGAAGUCAUCAAAGAUGCCAUUACGUCCGUGCUCCCCAAAGUGGAGCAUGUGUACAUCUACCUGCUGGAUGGAGAAGCCAGGCUGACCUGCGACGACCCUCCCCACGAGCUGCCUCCCGAGGGAAAGAUCAGGGAUGCCGUCCUCAAGCAGAAGCAGGUGGGAUGCAAUGGGCUGCCCCAGUCAGAGCUCCAGGGCAAACCGAUGGACAGCCUGGCAGCACCUUUGCCUCCUGAUAAACAAGUGUUGAUAAACCCGCUGGUGGACAAGGACUCGGCGGAGGUGGUUGCGGUCAUCCUGGUGCACUGCGGGCGGCUGAGCGAGUCGGACGAGCAGAACCUGCGGGUGCUAGAGAAGCAUAUCCUGGUGGCGUACCAGCGUGUCCAAACCCUCCAGAAGCUGCAGCCCUGGCCCCAGGUCAGCCUGUCCACCAGCUCGUCCCAGAAUUCCCUGGCCAAGACCGAGAGGGCAACGCACGGCGGCUACAGCGACCUGGACCGCAAGAUACUGCAGCUGUGCGGGGAGCUGUACGACCUCGACGCGGCCUCGCUCCAGCUCAAGGUCAUUAACUAUCUGAAGCAGGAGACCCAGUCCCCUUGCUGCUGCCUCCUGCUGGUCUCGGAAGAUAACCACCAGCUCUUCUGCCAGGUCGUGGGAGAUAAAGUGCUGGAAGAGGAGAUCAGCUUCCCUCUGACGUUUGGGCGUCUGGGGAAGGUGGUGGAGGAGAAGAAAUCCAUCACCCUACAGGACAUCAGUGUGGAGGAACACAAGCAGCUUCACAACAUGCUGGGAUUCGAGGUGACCUCCAUGCUGUGCGUGCCGGUCAUUAGCCGGGCCACCUCCCAGGUGGUGGCCUUAGCCUGCGCUUUCAACAAGCAGGGCGGAGAGAGCUACACGGAGGCCGACGAGCACAGAAUCCAACACUGCUUCUGCUACACCUCCACCGUCCUGACCAGCACGCUGGCCUUCCAGAAGGAGCAGAAACUGAAGUGUGAGUGCCAGGCGCUCCUGCAAGUGGCUAAGAACCUGUUUACGCACUUGGACGAUGUGUCGGUGCUGCUCCAGGAGAUCAUCACGGAAGCCCGGAAUCUCAGCAACGCCGAAAUAUGCUCCGUUUUCCUGCUGGACACGUUCAGCCAUGAGCUGGUGGCCAAGGUGUUUGACGGGGGCGUGGUGGAUGACGAGAGCUAUGAAAUCCGCAUCCCGGCGGAUCAGGGCAUCGCGGGUCACGUGGCAACGACGGGGAAGAUCCUCAACAUCAAAGACGCCUAUUCCCACCCGCUCUUCUACCGGGGGGUGGACGACAGCACCGGCUUCCGGACCCGAAACAUCCUGUGCUUCCCCAUCAAGAACGAGAGCCAUGAGGUCAUCGGAGUGGCAGAGCUGGUCAACAAGAUCAACGGGCCUUGGUUCAGCAAGUUCGACGAGGACCUGGCCACGGCUUUCUCCAUCUACUGCGGGAUCAGCAUCGCCCACUCGCUGCUCUACAAGAAGGUCCACGAAGCCCAAUACCGAAGCCACGUGGCCAAUGAAAUGAUGAUGUACCACAUGAAGGUCUCGGACGAGGAAUACAAAAAGCUCCUCAGCGACGGGAUCUGCCCCGUGGAAAGCAUCGACUAUCGCUUCGCCGAUUUCACCUACACGCCGCGCUCGCUGCCCGAGGACGACACGCCCAUGGCCAUCCUGAGCAUGCUGCAGGACAUGAACUUCAUUAACAACUACAAAAUGGAUCGCCAGACGCUAGCCAGGUUCUGCCUGAUGGUGAGGAAGGGCUACCGGGACCCGCCCUAUCACAACUGGAUGCACGCCUUCUCCGUCUCCCACUUCUGCUACCUGCUCUACAAGAACCUGGAGCUGGUCAAAUACCUGGAAGACAUUGAGAUCUUCGCCUUGUUCGUCUCCUGCAUGUGUCACGACCUGGACCACAGAGGCACCAAUAACUCUUUCCAGGUGGCUUCGAAAUCCGUCCUGGCGGCGCUCUACAGCUCUGAGGGCUCCGUCAUGGAGAGACACCACUUCGCACAGGCCAUCGCCAUCCUGAACACCCACGGCUGCAACAUCUUCGACCACUUCUCCCGCAAGGAUUACCAAAGGAUGCUGGAUCUGAUGAGGGACAUUAUUCUGGCCACGGAUCUCGCUCACCAUUUGCGGAUCUUCAAGGACCUGCAGAAGAUGGCGGAAGUGGGCUACGACCCGGAGAACAGGCAACACCACAGCCUGCUGCUCUGCCUGCUCAUGACCUCCUGCGACCUCUCGGACCAGACCAAGGGCUGGAAAACCACCCGGAAGAUCGCUGAGCUGAUCUACAAGGAGUUCUUCUCCCAGGGAGAUCUGGAGAAAGCCAUGGGCAACCGCCCCAUGGAGAUGAUGGACCGGGAGAAGGCCUACAUCCCCGAGCUGCAGAUCAGCUUCAUGGAGCACAUCGCCAUGCCCAUCUACAAGCUGCUCCAGGACCUGUUCCCGAGAGCCGCCGAGCUGUACGAGAGGGUGGCCAGCAACCGGGAGCAGUGGACCAAAGUGUCUCACAAAUUCACCAUCAGGGGCCUCCCCAGCAACAACUCGCUGGACUUCCUGGACGAGGAGUACGACCUGCAGGGGAUGGACAGGGAGAGCGCCAAGAUGAACGGCUGCCUGGACACGGAGGGGCACAUGGAGACGGUGGCGCAAUGAGGUUCUCCUCACUGCGGCGGGGGGGCGGGGAGGGGAGUGACGGAGCGACAAACCCAGCGACUCUUUGUCCCUUUUCUCCUGGAGCCAAAGGAAAGAGGGAGCCGGUUUGGAGAAAUCCUUAUUUGUCCAGUGCGUUCUCUACAGCCCCGGUCCCCCCCCAGGCUGUGUCUAGCUCCGCAGGUGGGGCAGUGGCUCUGAUUCACACCUGUUCGGGACACUCACCCACCUGCUUUUGUGGAUGCCGGGGUGGGGGGCGUUAUUCCUUGGACUCCUUUUGCUGUACACUGAAAUGAACCCUGCUUCCCCGCUCCCCUUCUGUACGGGUACCGGCGCUGUUCGGUGGCUGCAGGGCUCGGUGUCUAGGCUAGGAACGGAACGGGGGUUCGCCAGGGCCGGGGAGAGCACAGCUGCCCUUGCGUCCCAGACCAGGAUCUCGUGCCUCACGCCCUCCUGAGAGCCGAACUUCACCGCCUAUCGACAUGGAGGACUUUCGCCGCUGGCUGCUUCGGGGUGGGGGGAGAGGUCUGCAAACCCUGGCUAUUGAACGGGGGAGUUCCCUGGCCCGUGAGGCUGGGAUAGGGAAGAGCUGUGCCGGCGGGCGGGGACGGAGAGGAGAGGGGGCCAGUUGCAGAGGAGAGCGGAAAUGUUCCCGAGGUGGCAGAGACGAAUGGCCGGGGGAAACCACCUGUGGCUCGUCCUCGUGAACGUACCCGCGGGCGCAGAGCAGUAGGGCCGGUGGAAGCGGGUCUUUGCUCCGGGGAUGUCUGGCUGAGAGCACAAUGCGUUUUUCUGACCUCCAGGCAGUCGGGCGUGACGGGUCCCGUACUCCCAAGCACAGGUUCACGGCGGCUCUCCUCCCAACGACAGCCUCCCUGCUCUCGGAUCCAGGGCCAGCCGCCUGCUGUCACGCCCAGGAGGCCUGCCCCUGAGUGCUGCGGGAGGGCAGGGGAAGGGUGGUUAGAUCCAGAGAGGAGCCCAAAGCCAUCCCACGGGGAGACCUGUCCUGAGAGGACACUGCAGGGGAGGAGAGAGACUGGAGUCGGCAGGCCCUGAUCCAUGCAUGUGCUGAGCAGAAACACCAGUGCAUGAGCACUGCCAGCUUGUGAACUCAGACGGGGCCAGAGCCACACCCGGUGUAAGCAGACGCACGUCCAUUGACGUCAGCCCAGAGCGUUUUCCCCCUCGCCCACAUCUCGGCCCAUCGCUGCCUUUGUAAUUGAAACCUGCCCUUUUGAGAUGAGCCCUUCGGAUGCUUUAGCAGAGACGGUCCCGGUACCCAAGUGGGCCCUGCAAAUACCCAGCCGAGCCAGCAGCCGCCCACGCAGACGCACCCCGGCUGCCCUCGACAGGGUGCGGCCGGUUCCAGAAGGGAUCUGCCCAGCGGUGUCUCCCUGAGCAGUUGUGUUCCCUGAGCAAUGGUGCAGAGCCAGAGAGCGAUGAGCCAGCUAGCACACUGCACCCUUCACCAGAUGCACGGGCCACCUGCACCUUGUCUAGCCGGGCCAGCGCGGAGAUUAUUUAGAGCCUAGAUUGGACAUAGAACCCAGAGGGCCUGUGUCACACGUGCCAUCUGAAAUGUGCUGGGGGCAGCGUUUUCUACGGACGCUGGUGGGGUUUUAAGCCUCCUUCAGGCCUUUUAUUAACACGCUCGCCAGUCUCUUUUCUGCUGCACCCGCUGGGCUAGUGGUUUAGGUCUAAGUGACUUGGGGGAUGGUGGGAAUGCAGCAGAGAGAGAAACGCGUCAGCCAGCGAGCGUACAGCUCCCAGGUAUCGCAAUCACAGACCCUAACCUGGCACUUUCCCCGUUAUAUGCCUUGAAUUCAGAUUGCAUCCUCGAGCUCCAUAAGGUCUAGGGCCCAUGAGCGGCAGAGCUGCAGCAAAGCAUUCAGCUCAUCGUCAGGAAAGCAGGAAAUACAGACAUUCUCCCCUAGGCCAGUACUGCGGUGGUGUGGCCAGCGCGUCCCAGCUGCCUGUGGACUCUGAGGGACAAAUCGUCAUCUGGCAGACGGCCUCACUGCUGAGCAAAUGAUUGUCACCGGGGGGAGGCUGUCCCAGCCUUCAGGGAAACAGAUGGGACAGAGCCCUGUCUCCUGCACGGCCUGGUUCCACUGGUCCCACGUUCUCACUCAAGAGGACAUUUGGUGCUGAAGCACUUGCAGGUUUCGUUUGCUACUGAUCAGAGGACAGGCCUGCUUGUGGAGUCCGUGUGGACCUUUAAAUCCUUUCCCACGUCAUCUUCCCCUGCCAAUCGCAGCAGUCACUAGUGUAGAGAGCCCCAGGGGCUGUUCCUCCUUCUUAGGAAAAGACGUAAUGGCCUGGGCUGGAGUCCUGGCCCCACUGAAAUCGGUGGGAUUGUGCCCUUGACUUCAGUAGGGCCAGGAUUUCGCCCUGGCUGUUCCCCCCGGGAUACGCUCUGCGGAGAGGCCAGUCUGCUGCUUUCUCACUUGUCUUCUGCACGCUCAGCUUGAGUCUUUCUCACAAGGGGCGUCUGCAUGGGAACAGGGUCUUGGAUCUCUGAGGCCAGGUGCCCCUUGGUCUCCCAGCUGAAGGCAUAAACAGCUCCGUGCGGUGAUGACAUAAUUGCCACCACUAGCGGUGCUCGAGGGCCAUCAGCAGAGGGUGAGGAACUCAGGGUACGUCUAUACUUACCUCCGGGUUCGGCGGUAAGCAAUCAAUCUUCUGGCAUCGAUGUAUCGCGUGUUGUCUAGACGCGAUAAAUCGAUCCUGGAAGUGCUCGCCAUCGA